CACAUCAAAACUCAAAACCCUAAAGCGCCGUAGCAGUAGGUUUAUAUCUUCUUAGUUUCUUCUCUGUGCAUCGUCCACCCAGUAUCCUCAACCAUGGCCGUCGGGAAGAACAAGCGGAUCUCUAAGGGAAGAAAGGGAGGCAAGAAGAAGAUUGUUGAUCCUUUCUCCAAGAAGGAUUGGUAUGAUAUCAAGGCUCCCUCUCUCUUCACUCAGAGAAAUGUCGGAAAGACACUUGUUUCCAGAACUCAGGGUACCAAGAUUGCAUCAGAGGGUCUGAAACACAGAGUUUUCGAGGUUUCCCUUGCUGAUCUCAACAAGGAUGAGGACCAAGCUUACAGGAAGAUCCGUCUCAGAGCCGAAGAUGUCCAGGGAAGGAACAUCUUGACCCAGUUCUGGGGUAUGGACUUCACAACCGACAAGCUCAGGUCCUUGGUUAAAAAGUGGCAGACUUUGAUCGAGUCUCAUGUCGAUGUUAAGACCACCGAUAACUACACCCUCAGGCUAUUCUGCAUCGCCUUCACCAAGAGACGUGCUAACCAAGUCAAGAGAACUUGCUACGCUCAAUCCAGCCAGAUCCGUCAG